GCCUCCCCCGCCCGAGGUCUGCGCGCUCCGCCGCAGGGUGCAGAUCGGGGGCGCCCGCCUGGGUUUGGGGCGCAAGAGCAGAGGUGGAGCCAGGGCGGAGCCAGCGCGCCCCGUCCCCCCUCUUUCCAAUCGAAAGCGAAACGGAGGGCUGGAAAGGAAGGGCGGAGCCGGCCUGGAGGCCUCGCCCCCUGCCCUGAGAGGCAGCUGGACAGACGGGCGCACCCAGGUAGGGGGACGCUGAGCGCCCAGUGCGGACCCUCGCGGGGACCUGCGCCGCCACCAUGUCUCAGGAAGGUGUGGAGCUGGAGAAGAGCGUCCGGCGCCUCCGGGAGAAGUUUCAUGGGAAGGUAUCCUCCAAGAAGGCGGGGACUCUGAUGAGGAAGUUUGGCAGCGACCAUACCGGAGUGGGGCGCUCCAUCGUGUACGGGGUAAAGCAGAAAGAUGGACAGGAACUGAGUAAUGACCUGGAUGCCCAGGACCCCCCAGAGGACAUGAAGCAGGACCGGGACAUCCAGGCGGUGGCGACCUCGCUCCUGCCACUAACAGAAGCCAACCUACGCAUGUUCCAACGUGCCCAGGAAGAUCUCAUCCCUGCCGUGGACCGGCAGUUCGCCUGCUCCUCCUGUGACCAUGUCUGGUGGCGCCGCGUGCCCCAGCGGAAGGAGGUGUCCAGAUGCAGGAAAUGCCGGAAGCGCUACGAGCCGGUGCCCAGUGAUAAGAUGUGGGGUGUGGCUGAGUUCCACUGCCCGAGAUGUCGGCACAACUUCCGGGGCUGGGCACAGAUGGGGUCCCGGUCCCCCUGCUACGGGUGCGGCUUCCCCGUGGAUCUGACACGGAUCCUCCCUCCACGCUGGGACCGGGACACAGAUCGCCGCAGCACCCACACCCACUCCUGCUCGGCUGAGGACUGCUACAAUCGGCGAGAGCCCCACGUGCCUGGGACGUCCUGCGCACACCCCAAGAGUCGGAAGCAGAACCACCUGCCCAAAGUCCUGCACCCCAGCAACCUCCACAUCAGCAGUGGCUCCACUGUGGCCACCUGCCUGAGCCAGGGGGGCCUCCUGGAAGACCUGGACAACCUCAUUCUGGAGGACCUGAAGGAGGAGGACGAGGGCGGGCACGGGGAGUGACCCCUGCCAGGUGCAGAUGCAAACCAGACACGGUCUGUGCAUAUUUUGUGUUGUUAUAAAAUACGAGCUCAAAUGGAGAUCUAAAUGCCCUUGGGGAGCCGUCUGGGUCCAAGAUGCUGGCAGGGGGAUUCCUGGGUGCGGUUUUCAGGGUCCUGGGGAGCAGAUCCACAACGAGAAGAGGUCUGUGGGACGCGGCCCACACUGAGUCACAAAGGAGGUGUGGCCAGGACAACUUGGGCUCCUGCGGACACACAUCCCCUGUGACCUGGGGGACAGAUGAACAGAUGGUCACAGCCUCAGGGGCCUGAUCAGCAUGGCAACCUUCUUGAGAGAGUAAGCCCCACCACGAAACUCGGCCCAGUAAACGCCGUCCUGGUAACGGCUACGGUAGUGGCCACCACGAUGCCACACACCAUUGAGGUUGGAGUGGGCACAGGCAUGGUACCACCAGCCUCCCCGCUGGUACAGGGCGCAGUUACCUGAGGGAAGAGAGAAUCCAUGUCUUCUCACCAGAAUAAAAGCCUCUACCAGCA